UUUAAAAACAUAUUCAUUUUUACACACACACCUCAAUCAAAACACACCAAUCAAUAUAUCACAAUGUUUGGUUCUUUCAUGGGCGCGUUCCAACCGACUCUCGCAGCGUUCGGAGGCAAGGCAUGGCGGAUCCCCUGGAGACUGAGCAAAACGCGCAAGGCCAAUGUGCGCAAGAGACUGCGUGAAGUCGAUAAUGUCAUAGAUACCCUGGUGGCAUCCGGGAUCGAGUGCAAACAGCUGGAUCUGGUCAAGGUCCUGCCCAAGGAGCAGGAGAUGCUGCCCCGUGAUAAGUACACGACUUUUUCGCGGACGGCAAAGUACCACAGAAAGGGUGUGCAUAAAGUGCCGCAUUUUACGAAGAGGCCGAUUCCGCGCACGACGCCGACUGGGUUCUAAUGCUGAGAUAUUUAGAGUGGGUUGUUGAAUAAUGAAGGUUUAUAGAUUUUUUCUUUCAUUUUUUGGAGUAAUAGUAGUGGUCUUUUGAUA